UGAUCAUAAAUAAAAUAAAACUAAUAAAACUUACUAACAUAAAUAGAAUUUUACGAAACAAAAAGACAACUAAAGUACUUGCUGUGUGUUACUUUUGAAGGCGCUCCUUUGCUGACCAAACCAUAAUUUUCAUCCAUCUUCUCGCUUGUCCUUCUCCACCUUGUUCUUCUUCUGUGUCUCAUCCUACGCUUUAGGUCACCGUCCUUUGCGAACCCCAGAAACAGUCCUUUUUAGGUCCGGCACCACUUGAGCACAAAAAAAUCAAAAAGGUUAAUACACGAACGUUCUUACUUAUUCACCUGUACCACCCAAAUCUCAAAUUAAUCUCCUCCUCUUCCAUUUUCCCUUACAUGGGUUUCCCGUGAUUCUCUCCAAAUGAAAGUUCCAUUCUUUACAUGGUUUCUACUGUUAUCUCUUUUAACAAUACUGUUUGAAAUCGAUGUAGCUUUGGUUUCUGGCGUAUGCCAGAGCGAUCAACAAUCUCUGUUAGUCCAAUUAAGCAAAAGUCUUUCAUUCAAUCAAACUAAGUCUUCGAAGCUGGUGAAUUGGAAUUCUAGCGCAGAUUGUUGUGACUGGGCUGGUGUAACCUGUGAUGAAGACGGUCUAGGUCGUGUUAUUGGCUUAAACUUGAGCAACGAAUCAAUUUCAGGUGGACUUGACACAGCAAAUGCACUUUUUAGCCUUGAAUAUCUGCAGCAUCUAGAUCUGUCUUACAACAAUUUCAAUACAUCUUUGCCGGAGAGGUUUGCUAAUCUUACAAGUGUAUCUUCUUUGAAUUUGUCCAACGCUGGUUUUGUGGGUCAAAUUCCAGAGGCAAUUUCACGCAUGAUAUCUUUGGUAUUUCUUGAUUUGUCAUCUAACAUUUAUUUUUCUGGAAAUAAAUCAAUGAAACUUGAGAAUCCAAAUCUUGCAACACUCGUUCAAGGUCUAACACUGCUAAAAGAACUCCAUCUGGAUGGUUUAAAUUUAUCAGCUCAAGGGGAUGAGUGGUGCCAAGCUUUAUCAACUUCAUUGCCUCAUCUACAAGUAUUGAGCUUGUCCAACUGUUUUCUUUCGGGUCCCAUUCAUCCUUCCCUUGCGAAGCUUCAGUCUCUCUCAAUAAUUCGUUUGGACAAUAACAAUUUGUCUGCGCCAGUUCCAGAUUUUUUUGCAAAUUUCUCCAAUUUAAGAAUCUUGCGCUUCAGUUCUUGUGAUUUGCAGGGGACAUUUCCUGCAAAUGUAUUCAAGGUAUCAACAUUAGAGAUUCUUGACUUAUCAUAUAACCAAGAACUUGAAGGCAACUUACCUGAUAGUCUUCAUAAUUCCUCUCUUAAGACUCUAGUGCUCAGCAAUACAAAAUUUUCGGGAAGCCUGCCAGAGUCUGUUGGUGCGCUUGUGAAUCUGUCAAGAAUAGAGCUUGGAUCUUGCAGUUUUACUGGAGCAAUUCCAAGUUCAAUGGCAAAUCUUACUCAACUUAUUUAUCUUGACUUCUCUUCCAACAUGUUCACUGGCCAAAUCCCAUCGUUUCAGAAGUCCAAGAAUAUUUUCUAUGUAGACCUAUCUCACAAUCGACUGUCUGGUGAGAUUCCAUUCACUCAUUGGGAAGGCCAUCAGAAUCUCUCUUACAUUGACUUAAGGAAUAAUUCACUCAGUGGAAGCAUCCCUUCAUCUCUAUUUGCAAUCCCAUCGCUGCAGAAGGUUCAGCUUUCCUUAAACCAACUCGGAGGACAGCUUCCUGAUCUUUCAAAUGUAUCUCUCUCCUUGUUGGAUACCCUGGAUUUGAGUAGCAACAAACUGGAAGGUCUGAUUCCCAAUCGUUUCUUUGACCUCAAAAGACUCAAUGUUCUCUUACUUUCGUCCAACAAGUUCAAUGGCACUAUACAGCUAGACAGGAUUCAGAAGCUCAGUAAUCUCACUAGGCUUGAUCUUUCAUACAACUACGUGACAGUAGAAAGUGCUGCCAGUUCUAGCUUGUCCUCAUAUCCCCAGCUCAACACAUUAAAAUUAGCUUCUUGCAAUCUCAGUAAGUUUCCUGAUCUAAGCAACCAAUCAAAAUUGAUCAUGUUAGACUUGUCAGAAAACCAAAUUACUGGGUUAGUACCUAGAUGGAUUUGGAAGGUUGGUAAUGGUUCUCCCGUCUAUCUGAAUCUUUCACAUAAUCACUUGGAUGGUCUAGAACGACCUUACUCUAUUCCCAGCCUUGCUGUCCUGGACCUACAUAGCAAUCGGCUCAAAGGGAGGAUCCCAAAUCCUCCACCAUUUGUUACAUAUGUGGAUUACUCAAACAAUAAAUUUGCUUCUGUCAUACCAGAUGAUAUAGGUAAGAACCUCCUUGUGGCUAUUUUUUUCUCCCUUUCAAACAAUCGCCUUACUGGUGUUAUACCCAAGUCGAUAUGCAAUGCUACCAGUCUUCAAGUUCUUGACUUGUCCAAUAAUGAUUUAAAUGGUGAACUACCAGCUUGUUUAAUUGAGAGGAGUGAGAAUCUUGGUGUUCUGAACUUAAGGAGAAACAGGUUCAAUAGCAGUAUUCCUAACAAUUUCCCAAGAAAUUGCAAACUGAAAACUCUAGAUGUGAGUGGAAAUCUAUUGGAGGGCCCGGUACCACAAUCUCUGAUCAAUUGCGCCAUAUUAGAGGUUUUAGAUCUUGGAAGUAAUAAAAUCAAUGAUGGUUUCCCAUGCCUUUUGAGAAACAUUUCCAGUUUGCGAGCGCUUGUUCUGCGAAAUAACGCAUUUCAGGGGAGCCUACACUGUCCACAGAAAGCUGUCAAAUGGUCAAAGCUUCAGAUUGUUGACAUAGCCUCCAACAAAUUUAGUGGUCCACUACCAAAUACUGUCUUAACAAAAUGGAAGGCAAUGAUGCAAGAUGGAAAUGAAACCCAUGACCACCUCAAAUUCGAGGUCCUACGGCUUGAUCAUCUAUAUUACCAAGAUUCAAUAACAGUCACCAGCAAAGGCCUUGAAAUGAACCUGGUGAAGAUCCUUACAGUCUUCACAUGCAUUGAUGUCUCCAACAACAAAUUUGAAGGGAGAAUACCAGAAAAAUUAGGACAACUCAAUGCACUUUACGUUCUCAACUUGUCACGCAAUGCUCUUGAAGGCCAAAUCCCUCCAUCUUUAGGGAACAUCUCACAUCUUGAGUCUCUAGACCUUUCAGAUAACAACCUUACUGGAGUCAUUCCUGAGCAGCUUGCGAACCUUAAUUUUCUUUCAGUUCUGAACCUCUCACACAACAUGUUAUUUGGAAAAAUCCCUCGAAGUACUCAGCUCCAAACAUUUUCAGAAGAUUCUUUUGCAGAUAAUGCAGGAUUAUGUGGCGCUCCUUUGUCCGACAAUUGCUCAGAUACUAAUGCAUCACCAACUGAGCAGCAAAAGAAUCCAAGAAAUGAAUUUGAUUGGCAGUUCAUAGUCCCUGGAAUAGGGUUUGGACUGGGAGCUGGAGCUGUUGUUGCGCCCUUAAUGUUCUCAAAGAAAUUAAAUAAAUGUUAUGAUAGACAGAUAGAUAAAAUUCUUAAGGUGCUUCUUCCAAUGUUGGGGUUGAUUUACUAUGCAAGUGAUGACUGGAGGAUUGCACCUGAAGAAACUUUUGAGGAAGAUGCGACUGAUGAUGAUGACGAUGAUGAAGAGGAAUAUGAUUUUGGAGGAAGGUACUGUGUGUUCUGUACAAAACUUGAUAUCACAAGGAAGCGGGCCAUUCAUGAUCCGAAAUGUACUUGUCAUCAUUCAUCCCCUAUAUCUUUUACUUCUUCUUCUUCCCUCUCUUCUUCUGCUUCUUCAUAGGUACAUAAUUCAGUAAGGUAGGAGAGCAAAGGUGUGUCUUUUUUUGUUUUUCCCGCUUCUUUUCUUGAAGGUUCUUUUUUCUUGUUCUGUAAUUUGUAAAUAAUACAAAAAGCAUCAACCCUAAAAUAGGGGUGAUAAGAACAAUUGCAAUUCUUGUUGUCUUGGUUCCACAAGCCGCUUUGUUAGCUUGGCUCUUUGAGGAAUUUCAUCAAAUAGUUUGUGAUAUCAUUUUCUAUA